CUCGCUCUACAGAACACCCGACGCCCAACCCCAAGCCCUCUCCCCGCUCCUCUCCUCUCCUCUCCCCACCGCCACCACCACCACUCCGGUGUGAGCUAGCCCGGCGCACGAUCCUCGGCUCUCUCGCGGAGAGGACGGGUGCUCGAAACCCUGGCCCGAUCCCGUAGAACCCCUAGACGCGGAGGCCCUGACGCGGGGGAGUGAGAGCGGGAGCGGGGGGAGGACGAAGGCGCGGGGAGGCGGAGGCCUGUGCUGUAUGUCAGAUCGUGGGAUCCGGCGAGGCGGAGACGGCGGAGGAGACUACGGACACGGUCAGCUCGCGAACCCGCUCCAAUGGCCUCAGCUCAGGAAAAGGCGGCGCUCUGCUGCGGGGGCCCCGCGCGCGAUGCCCUCAGGGCGGCGAUCGCCGCGCCGGGGAAGGCGGUCUCCAUGUCCGCGGCCGGCGGUGGCGGUGAGCGCGUCGUCUCCGCUGCCGGGGGCGGCGCCGUGAUGGACGACAUCGGGUCCGCGGCCCAGCCCACUACCGCCAAGGCCUCCUCUAAAGGGAUACCCAUAAUGACGAGAGCUCAAAGAUUCCACCCUUUGGACCCAUUAUCUGCUGCCGAAAUUGCAGUGGCUGUUGCAACUGUAAGAGCCGCUGGAAAAUCUCCUGAGGAACGUGACAGCAUGCGUUUUGUUGAAGCUGUGCUACUGGAACCAGAAAAGAAUGUUGUAGCAUUAGCCGAUGCCUACUUUUUCCCGCCGUUCCAACCAUCACUGCUCCCUAGAACCAAAGGCUCUGCCGUCAUUCCGAGCAGGUUGCCUCCCAGGAGGGCUAAGCUUGUUGUCUACAAUAGACAUUCAAAUGAGACUACCAUUUGGAUAGUAGAACUAUCCGAAGUGCAUGCAGCUACUAGAGGUGGACAUCACAGAGGGAAGGUGAUAUCAUCGGAAGUUGUUCCAGAUGUACAGCCUGCAAUGGAUGCUAUGGAAUAUGCUGAGUGUGAAGCUACUGUCAAAAAUUAUCCUCCAUUUGUUGAAGCUAUGAAGAAAAGAGGUGUGGACGAUAUGGAACUUGUCAUGGUAGAUGCCUGGUGUGCUGGCUACUACAGUGAUGCUGAUGCUCCCAGUCGCAGACUUGCCAGGCCUCUAAUCUUUUGCCGAACUGAGAGUGAUAGUCCCAUGGAGAAUGGUUAUGCUCGUCCUGUCGAAGGGAUCCAUGUUGUUGUUGAUAUGCAGAAUAAUAUUGUCAUAGAGUUUGAAGACAGGAAGUUUGUUCCUCUGCCCCCACCAGAUCAUUUGAGAAACUACACUCCUGGAGAAACUAGAGGUGGUGUUGAUCGAAGUGAUGUGAAACCUCUUAUUAUCAAUCAGCCUGAGGGCCCAAGCUUCCGUAUUAAUGGCUAUUUUGUGGAAUGGCAGAAGUGGAAUUUCCGUAUUGGCUUCACCCCUAAAGAGGGUUUGGUCAUCUACUCUGUUGCAUAUGUUGAUGGUAGCCGUGGACGUAGACCUAUAGCUCAUAGGCUGAGCUUUGUUGAGAUGGUUGUUCCUUAUGGAGAUCCAAGUGAACCACAUUAUCGCAAGAAUGCUUUCGAUGCUGGAGAAGAUGGACUUGGCAAAAAUGCUCAUUCUCUUAAGAAGGGGUGUGACUGCUUGGGUUACAUCAAGUAUUUUGAUGCACACUUCACGAACUUUACCGGUCAUGUGGAGACAAUUGAGAACUGUGUGUGUCUGCACGAGGAGGACCAUGGAAUCCUUUGGAAACACCAAGAUUGGAGAACUGGUUUAGCAGAAGUUAGGCGAUCAAGGAGGCUCACGGUGUCAUUUAUCUGCACAGUUGCCAAUUAUGAAUAUGGUUUUUACUGGCACUUUUAUCAGGAUGGUAAGAUAGAAGCUGAAGUAAAACUUACUGGAAUUCUGAGUUUGGGAGCUCUGAUGCCUGGGGAAUCAAGGAAAUAUGGUACAACUAUUGCUCCUAGUCUGUAUGCACCUGUCCACCAGCAUUUCUUUGUUGCCCGUAUGGACAUGGCUGUUGAUUGCAAACCUAACGAAGCUCAUAAUCAGGUGGUUGAAGUAAAUGUCAAAGUCGAAAGUGCAGGCACAAAUAAUGUGCACAACAAUGCUUUCUAUGCUGAAGAAAAAAUACUGAAAUCCGAGUUGCAAGCAAUGAGAGAUUGUGACCCUUCAUCUGCGCGACAUUGGAUUGUUAGGAACACAAGGGCUGUAAAUCGUACCGGACAACCAACUGGUUUCAGACUCGUGCCUGGUUCAAACUGUUUGCCAUUUGCUCUGCCUGAGGCAAAGUUUCUUCGAAGAGCCGGGUUCUUAAAGCACAAUCUUUGGGUGACACCAUACAAGAGCGAUGAGAAGUUUCCUGGAGGGGAGUUCCCCAACCAGAAUCCACGUCUUCAUGAGGGUUUAGCUACUUGGGUGAAGAAGGAUAGACCCUUGGAGGAAACUGACAUCGUCCUCUGGUAUGUAUUUGGGCUCACCCACAUCCCAAGGCUGGAAGACUGGCCGGUCAUGCCGGUGGAACACAUCGGCUUCAUGCUCAUGCCACAUGGAUUCUUCAACUGCUCGCCUGCUGUCGAUGUGCCUCCUGGCACUUCUGAUGCCGCCGAUGUCAAGGAAGCAGAGUCGCCUAAGGCCAUCCAGAACGGGGCCCUUGUUUCCAAGCUCUAAGCUUGGCAGCUCUCCUCAAAAGAACAAACUGGCAAUAAAAGUUGUUAUCUCGUGGUCUGUUUCGUUUUCUGUAAUAUGUUUGUUUGCUGCACUGAUUGAUUGUGAAUGUUGAGCUGCACAAGUAGCAUCUAAUAAUCUCUGGACUGGCAUAAUGCCUGCAUAAAUAAAAGUGUGUUGUUAUGCCUUC